AUGGGCAGCAUGAAGGAAGAAAUAAAGACUAAUCAUCUCUGUGAAUGCUUAACAGUUUUCUCUUUGUGGCAAGACAUCCUACAGAAAAUUCAUUGGGUUGAAAAGAUGAAGACCGACGGAGCUUCUGAAAUAAUGAGCCUUGUGGAGCAGACAAGCAUUUAUCCAUCUGAAAAUGACAGCGAGCUCUUGGUGAACGGCACUGACUGUGCAGUGCUUCUUGUGCCAGAAGAAAUGUUCUACGCCGUUGCCCUUCUAGGAAUACUGGAAAACCUGCUUGUGCUCAUUGCAGUGUGGAGAAAUAAGAAGCUGCAUUCCCCCAUGUAUAUUUUCAUUUGCAGUUUAGCUGUUUCGGACAUGCUGGGGAGCUUGUACAAGACUCUGGAGAACAUCUUCCUCUUCAUAUUUCGCAAAAAGAGAUACUCCCGUCAAGACGGCUUGGCAACGACAAUGGAUGACAUUCUAGAUUUCUUGUUUUUUUUUUCUUUACUCGGAUCAAUUUUCAGUUUAUCAGCCAUUGCAGCCGAUCGAUACAUAACCAUUUUCUAUGCACUCCGAUACCAUAACAUCAUAACGCUGAAGCAUGCUUUAGUGAUCCUGGUGGUAAUUUGGGCAUUCUGUGCUGGGAGUGGUUUAGCAAUGGUCAUUUUCUCCCAUGAAACAGUGACCAUCGUGUCCUUUGCCUUUAUAUUUUGUUUCACACUCGUUUUCAUCCUCUGCCUUUAUAUCCAUAUGUUUCUGCUUGCACGCAGUCAUGCCAAGAAAAUUGCUUUGAUGCCUACAAGCUCAGUUCACCAAAGAGGCAACAUGAAAGGGACCAUUACUUUAACGAUAUUAUUUGGUGUCUUUCUCGUCUGCUGGGCUCCCCUUGUCCUCCACACACUUCUGAUGAAGUUUUGCCCACAAAACCCUUACUGCACUUGCUAUAUGUCCAUUUUUCAGGUGAAUGGUAUCCUGUUCAUGAGCAACGCUGUUAUUAACCCAAUGAUUUAUGCGUUUCGAAGUCCGGAACUGAGAAGUACAUUUAAGAGAUGGUUCUCCUGCCGGAAGCCAAACUAG